UCAGAUUAGCACGAAGCCACGAGCCCUUCCCUCGGCUGCUCACACGCACUCUCUCUGUCAAUAUACGUUUCCUUCUCUCUCGGUCUCAAGCAAUGUCUUAUGUGCCACCGCACCUGAGGAACCCUUCUUCUUCUCUCUCUCGAACCUCCAAACCUACCGAAACCUCCGCGGUAACCCUAGACGACACUCAUCGCACCACCAACAACCUUUCCUAUUCCUCCACAAACUCUCAUCUCUCUCAUUCCAACGCCUCUUCCUCUCCUUCUCUCUCUCGUUGGGCCUCCUCCAAUGCCGCCGCCGUGCCUCGGACUCCCUCCGUUCCGGAGCCCGUUUUCCCUCAGUGGAAGCCUUCCGACCGUGUUUUCCGUAUGAAACCUGAACAGAUUGAAGAGGUCCGAUUGCGGCUUAAUGUUGAUGUUACUGUUGCUCCAGACUUGCCUCCUGCACCUGCACCAAUUGAAUCAUUCACAGACAUGGGUCUGCACCAAAGCAUCAUGAAGGAUAUUAGCUUUCAUGAAUAUACUAGGCCCACCUUUAUUCAAGCUCAGGCCAUGCCAGUUGCUCUCAGCGGAAGGGAUCUCCUGGGAUGUGCUGAAACUGGUAGUGGAAAGACUGCUGCUUUCGCUAUUCCUAUGAUUCAGCAUUGCUUGGCUCAACCUCCUGUUCGGCGAGGUGAUGGACCAUUGGCAUUGGUCUUGGCUCCCACAAGAGAGCUUGCCCAACAAAUAGAAAAGGAGGUUAAGGCUUUUAGUAGAUCACUUGAUUCCUUUAGAACUGCGAUAGUUGUGGGUGGAACAAACAUUUCCGAGCAGAGGUCUGAACUUAGAGCAGGAGUAAAUAUAGUGGUUGCCACUCCUGGAAGAUUCAUUCAUCAUUUACAAGAAGGAAACACGUCUCUUUCCAGAAUUUCAUUUGUUGUUUUGGAUGAAGCUGACAGAAUGCUUGACAUGGGAUUUGAACCACAAAUAAGAGAGGUGAUGCAGAAUCUGCCACAAAAGCAUCAAACACUGCUGUUCAGUGCAACCAUGCCUAUGGAGAUUGAAACAUUAGCACAGGAGUAUCUAAAUAAUCCAGUGCAAGUAAAGGUGGGAAAAGUGAGUUGCCCAACAGCAAAUGUUUCUCAGAUUUUGGAGAAGGUUUCUGAAAGUGAGAAGAUUGAUGGGCUUCUGGCUUUACUUGUGGAGGAGGCAUCCCAGGCUGAAAGAUGUGGUCGUCCCUUUCCUUUAACCAUCGUUUUUGUUGAGAGGAAGACAAGGUGCGAUGAAGUUGCGGAAGCUUUGGUAGCUCAAGGUCUGCGUGCAGUUGCUCUUCAUGGUGGCCGCAGUCAAGCUGAAAGAGAGGCUGCCCUUCGUGAUUUUAGGAAUGGUGCUACUAAUAUCUUGGUUGCCACUGAUGUUGCGUCCCGUGGUCUGGAUGUUACAGGAGUUGCCCAUGUUGUUAAUCUCGAUCUUCCAAAGGCAAUGGAAGAUUAUGUACACCGGAUUGGAAGGACGGGGCGUGCAGGAUCAACAGGCCAAGCUACUUCUUUUUAUACUGAUCGUGAUAUGUUCCUUGUGGCUCAUAUAAGGAAAGCAAUUGCUGAUGUUGGAUCUGGGAAUACUGUGGCAUUUGCAACUGGGAAAGUUGCAAGAAGGAAGGAGAGAGAAGCAGCAGCUGCACAGAAAGAAGCUAGGAUUGCAUUGUCCAAUCUCUCAUUGAUGGGGCCGACAUCCUUAAAUAUAGAGGAAAAGUAUAGGUUCAUGAUGAGCCCCUCGAGCAUCAAGACAGAAGGUGCUGCAGAUGAUGCUUGGGAUGACUGAUAUAAAAAGGUCUCCCAUUUGGUACUUCUUGUUACAAAAGAUGGCUAAUGAUCCUAUGUCUAAAGUCUCCAAGAUAGCAAGGUGUUGCUUGGGGUACAAGGUGAUGUCAAUGAUGACGAACUUCUUGUAAGUUUGUUUUUACACAAUUAAUGUAGUUAGCUCAUGUAACUGGGACUAGUUAUUACUUAAUAGAUGUUUUUAAAGUUUGUAGGAUUGGUUUAUGAUGGAUGCAUAUUAUUAUCAUCAUGUUUCACAAAUUGCA